GUGGACCGGAAAAGCUGGGAAUCGAACCACCAACUCUCCAGUUAUAAGAUGACCUGCUCUGCCUCCUGAGCUGAACUGUGAUAUAAAAAUAAGCUGAGGAGGAGCAUGCCUAACCUAGUCCGAGCCCCCAGCAUGCCUAGUGUGCCCGUGCCAACUAAUUUCGGCGCUUCUCCUUCUUUGCUUCGUAAUAGUCUGAGUUUUGAUUCUUCUUGUGGACUUGCUCAACCACAGCCCUCCAGCCAGCUGCAGAACAGGAUCCAGAGUGUGGGGAACUUCUCUGCCUUGUCACGGCAACCACUGAAGGCCACCGCCUACGUCAGUCCCACCAUCAAGCGCUCAGCCUCCACACCAACCUCAACCCUCCUCCCGUCUUUGAGCAGCAGCGGGAGUGCCACUGGGGUCGGCAGUGGCAUCCCCCUGCUCAGUAAACUGGCCGGUGGAACCAUUCCUCGCAGCAGUCUGCCCCGCCCAGCCUCCUUUGUGGGCUCUACAAGCUCCACCUACCGCAGCAAGGGAGUCCAACCGGCGCGAAGGUAAAUCCUAGUUUUGCACAAAUGUAUUUCACUCCUUACAACUUCAGCUAUGUGUCUGGAACAACAGAC